AAAGUGUUCUUAUUUCGACGCCAUUAUUCUUACACAUACUCCAGAUUAUGAGUUCUGUCUCUCCACUAUCCAGCUGUGAAGAGUGAGUGAAAUGGAUCCUCCUCUUACAUUAACAGAGGGAGACUCCUCAUCUGGACACAGUGUAACCCAGGUAAAGAUGUCAGACUCCCCAGUAGUCAGCUGUUUCUCCAGUGAUGAUCCAGUGGCGAUUCCUCUUGCAUUCGAAGAUGGAGAGUCCUCUUUUAGAGACAGUCUAACCCAUGUAAGGAGAUCAGACUCACCAGUAGCCAGCUGUGUCUCCAUGAAGAGUGAUGUGUCUAUGGAGCUUCCUCUUACAUUCAAAGAUGGAGACCCCUCACCUGGACACAGUGUAUCCCAGUUAAAGAGACCAGCUUCACUAUUACCCAGCUGUGUCUCCAUGAAGAGUGAUGUGUCUAUGGAGCUUCCUCUUACAUUCAAAGAUGUAGAGCCCUCAUUUUGUGACAGGCGGUGUGGGGGGGCCCCAACUGCAAUGAACCUGCUUUGGGAGGGCCCAGCUUGCAAAAGAUACAGAAAGACACAGAAGAAUCGCAUCACAGAUCCAUGCUGUGAACCUUCAUCUGAUGGAACUGAUCUUCGGGAGAGAUGCAAAUUAAAUCUGCUGAAGAAGUUUCAGCACGUGUAUGAGGAAAAACCAUCACUUCUCAAUGAUAUCUACACAGAGCUUUACAUCACAAAAGGAGACAGUGGAAAUGUCAAUAAUGAACAUGAGGUGAGACAAACUGAGGCCGCAUCCAGGAGAGCAGCAACAGAGGAAACACCGAUCAAAUGCAGGGACAUCUUUAAGCCCUUAUCGGAAGAAGACAAACCCAUCAGGAGCGUUCUGACAAAGGGAGUCGCUGGCAUUGGAAAAACAGUCUCUGUGCAGAAAUUUAUUCUAGACUGGGCUGAAAGGAAAACAAAUCAGGAUGUUCAUCUCAUAUUUCCACUUCCUUUCAGAGAGCUCAAUCUGAUGACGGGUCAAACACCAAGUCUGAUAAAGCUUCUUCAUUUCUCUUUUAAGGAGAUAAAAGAAACAAACAUUUCCAGUCUGCACAAAGUUCUGUUUAUUUUUGAUGGUUUGGAUGAGUGUCGUUUCCCUCUGGAUUUCCAGAACACAGUGAGAGUGUGUGAUGUAACUGAAUCAGCAUCAGUAAAUGUGCUGCUGAUAAACCUGAUCAAAGGGAAUCUGCUUCCUUCUGCUCUCAUCUGGAUCACCUCCAGACCUGCAGCAGCUGAUCAAAUCCCCUCUGAGUGGUUAAAUCGAGUCACAGAGGUACGAGGGUUCAAUGACCCACAGAAAGACGAAUAUUUCAGGAAGAGGAUUAAAGAUCAGCGCCUGAGUAACAGAAUCGUCACACACCUGAAGUCAUUAAGGAGCCUCUACAUCAUGUGCCACAUCCCAGUCUUUUGCUGGAUUUCAGCCUCUGUUCUAGAGAGACUGUUGGGUGAAGCAGAGAGUGGAGAGAUCCCCAAGACUCUUACUCAAAUGUACACACACUUCCUCAUCAUUCAGACAAACAUCAUCAAGAAAAAGUACACAGAGAGCAGAGAGGCAGAUAAAGAAAUGGUUCUGAAACUGGGUAACCUGGCUUUUAAGCAGCUAAUGAAAGGCAACCUGAUCUUCUAUGAGGAAGACCUGAUGGAGUGUGGCAUCGAUGUGACAGAAGCAUCAGUGUAUUCAGGUAUGUGUACACAGAUCUUCAGAGAGGAGUUUGGGCUUCACCAGAGUAAAGUGUACUGCUUUGUUCAUCUGACCAUUCAGGAGCACCUCGCAGCUCUGUAUGUGCACCUGACAUUCAUGAAUGAGAAGAGAAAUGUUCUUCAGUGUUCAUCAGCGUUCUUUAGUCUACAGAGUAUUUUGUCUAAGAUUUGGGCACUGUUUAAAGAAAUCACAAUCUCAGAUGUUCACAAGAGUGCUGUAGAUCAGGCUUUACAUAGUGAAAAUGGACUUCUAGACCUUUUCCUUCGUUUUCUUCUGGGUCUGUCCAUGGAUUCCAAUCAGAUCCUCCUACAAACCUUAUGGAGACAGAGCAGAAGUAGCUCUCACAGGAACCAGGAAACAGUGCAUUACAUCAAGGAGAAGAUCAGAGAAAAUCCCUCAACAGAGAAAUCCAUCAAUCUGUUCCACUGUCUGAAUGAACUGGAAGAUCAUUCUCUAGUUAAGGAAAUCCAACGCUACCUGCAGUCUGAAGAUUUUCAACAAAUUGAACUUUCUUCUUCUCAGUGGUCAGCUGUGGUGUUUGUAUUACUAGCAUCGGUGCAGGAAAAGGACGUGUUUGUUCUGAAUAAAUACAAAAACAAAAACCAUACAUCAGAUAAUGUUCUUCUGAAGCUCCUGCCUGUGGUUGCAGCUUCCAGAAAAGCAGAGUUUAAUAAUUGUGGCCUUACUGAGAAAAGUUUUGCAGCUUUGGCAUCAGUGCUCAGUUCUGAAUACUCCAAUCUGAGAGAACUGGAUCUGUCUGAGAAUAACCUCGAAGACACAGGAGUGAAGAGUCUCUCUGCUGUACUGGAGAAAUCUCACUGUAAACUGAAGACACUGAGGUUGUGUAAUUGUGGAAUCUCAGAUGAAGGCUGUGCUGCUCUGACUUCAGCUCUGAGCUCAAACCCCUCCCACCUGAGAGAACUGGCUCUGUCCUGGAAUUAUAUCAGAGACUCAGGAGUGAAGAGUCUCUCUGCUGUACUGGAGAAUCCUCUUUGUAAACUGGAGACACUGAGGCUGAAAUCUUGUGGUGUCACAGCUGAAGGCUGUGCUGCUCUGACUUCGGCUCUGAGAUCAAACCCCUCACACCUGAGAGAACUGGAUCUGUCAUUGAAUAUCCUCAGAGACUCAGGAGGGAAAAGUCUCUCCGCUAUACUUGAGAAUCCUCAUUGUAUACUGGAGACACUGAAUUUGUUUGAUUGUGAAAUCUUCAAUGAAGACUGUGUUGCUCUGACUACAGCUCUGAGCUCAAACCCCUCACACCUGAGAAAACUAGAUCUGUCUUGGAAUAUCUGUACAUACUACGCAGUGAAGAGUCUCUCUGCUGUUCUGGGGAAUCCUCAAUGUAAAAUGGAGUCACUGAGGAUGCGUGGUUGUGGUGUCUCAGAUGAAGGCUGCGUUGCUCUAAUGUCAGCACUGAGCUCAAACCCCUCACACCUGAAAGAACUGGAUCUGACCUGGAAUAAAAUCAGAGACUCAGGAGUAAAGAGUCUCUCUGCUGUACUCGAGAAUCCUCAUUGUGAAAUGGAGACAAUGUGGUUGUGUGAUUGUGGUGUCACUGAUGAAGGCUGUGCUGCUCUGAAAUCAGCUCUGAGCUCAAACCCCUCACACCUGAGAGAACUGGAUCUAUCCUGGAAUAAAUUCGGCGACUCAGGAGUGAAGCAGCUCUCUGUUUUACUGGAAAAUCCCCACUGUAAACUGGAGACACUGAGGUUACAGUAUUGUGAUAUAUUGGGUGACGGGUGUGCUGCUCUGGCUUCAGCUCUGAGAUCAAACCCCUCACACCUGAGAAAACUUGAUUUGUCUAAUAAUAAACUCGGAGACCCAGGAGUGAAGAGUCUCUCUGCUGGACUGGAGUAUCCUCAUUGUAAACUGGAGACACUUAAGUUGUGUGUAUGUGAUAUCUCAGAUGAAAGCUGUGCUGUUCUGACUUCAGCUCUAAACUCAAACCCCUCACACCUGAGAGAACUGGAUCUAUCUUGGAAUGAAAUCAAUGACUCAGGAGCAAAAACUCUUUGUUCUGUACUGGAGAAUCCUCACAGUAAACUGAAGGAACUGAGUAAGAGACUGUGGAAAGAAAGACUAAAUGCUAUGACAGCAUACCUAAAAAGGGAGAACCAGAAGGUGACACUAAAGGGCUUCCUGGGACAUAAAUCCACUCGACCAUCAACAAACCAGAGUGACAGCAUGAGAGCGGUGAUCAAAAUGUAUAAUGCCCUUGAGCCACUAGAUGGGAGCCUCAUCCUUGAGACAACACCUAGAUGCUGCUACAAAGUGAACAUUCAAAUUGUGUCUAAACUUGCACACAAAGUUGAUGGUGUUGACAGGGACCCUUACACUUCAACCCCGGCUCCGAAAAAAGAACUCAUGGUAAGUUCAAAUGUGCCACUACAAGCCUAUGUUCUAGAGCUUGGAAAUUCUUAUGGCAGCAUCACUAUUGGAGAUGAGCUCUGUUUCUCUAUGAAGAACGAGUGCCAUGGAUCCUCCUCUUACACUAACAGAGGGAGACACUUUAUCUGGACACAAGCUAGCGGUGGGACCCCUGAGCCCAAUGGCCUUAUGUUCCUUGUGGAGAAGAGCUUGCCUGAACCGGUCCAUGACCAGCUGGUCCACCAUCUCAACCGCUGUCAAAACGUCACCAAACAGUAUGCAGUACGUGUAACCCAGAUAAGGAGACCAGAUUCACCAUUACCCAGCUGUGUCUCCAUGAAGAGUGAUAUGUCUAUGGAUCCUCCUCUUGUAUUUAAAGAUGAUAAGCCUUCACCUGGUAACAGUGUAACCCAGGUAAAGAGAUCAGACACACUGUUACCCAGCUGUGUGUCCAUGAAAACUGAUAUGUCUAUGGAUCCUCCUCUUGUAUUCAAAGAUGGAGAGUUCUCAUCUGGAAACAGUGUCCUGCAGAGGAAUGGAAGCAGAAAGGAUGAGAAGAUCAAAGAUCCAGGACUUAAGGAUGUAACUACUGAAUCUCAGCUUCAAAAGAGAUGCAGAUCAAAUCUGCUAAAGAAGUUCCAGCACAUGUAUGUGGUGAUAACAAACCAGGGAAACCCAACACUUCUCAAUGAGAUCUACACAGAGCUCUACAUCACAGAAGGAAACAGAGGAAAAGUCAAUAAUGAACAUGAGUCGAAACAGAUUGAGGCAGCAUCCAGGAGAGCAGCGACAGAGGAAACACCGAUCAAAUGCAGUGACAUCUUUAAGCCCUUAUCCGGAGAAGACAAGCCCGUCAGGAGCGUUCUGACAAAGGGAGUCGCUGGCAUUGGAAAAACAGUCUCUGUGCAGAAAUUUAUUCUAGACUGGGCUGAAAGGAAAACAAAUCAGGAUGUUCAUCUCAUAUUUCCACUUCCUUUCAGAGAGCUCAAUCUAAUAAAGGAUCAAACACUGAGUCUGAUGGAGCUUCUUCAUUUCUAUUUUAAGGAGAUAAAAGAAACAAACAUUUCCAGUCUGCACAAAGUUCUGUUUAUUUUUGAUGGUUUGGAUGAGUGUCGUUUCCCUCUGGAUUUCCAGAACACAGUGAGAGUGUGUGAUGUAACUGAAUCAGCAUCAGUAAAUGUGCUGCUGAUAAACCUGAUCAAAGGGAAUCUGCUUCCUUCUGCUCUCAUCUGGAUCACCUCCAGACCUGCAGCAGCUGAUCAAAUCCCCUCUGAGUGGUUAAAUCGAGUCACAGAGGUACAAGGGUUCAAUGACCCACAGAAGGAGGAAUAUUUCAGGAAGAGGAUUAGAGAUCAGAGCCUGAGUAACAGAAUCGUCACACACCUGAAGUCAUUAAAGAGCCUUUACAUCAUGUGCCACAUCCCAGUCUUCUGCUGGAUUUCAGCCACUGUUCUAGAGAGACUGUUGUGUGAAGCAGGGAGUGGAGAGAUGCCCAAGACUCUGACUCAAAUGUACACACACUUCCUCAUCAUUCAGACAAACAUCAUCAAGAAAAAGUACACAGAGAGCAGAGAGGCAGAUAAAGAAAUGGUUCUGAAACUGGGUAACCUGGCUUUUAAGCAGCUAAUGAAAGGCAACCUGAUCUUCUAUGAGGAAGACCUGAUGGAGUGUGGCAUCGAUGUGACAGAAGCAUCAGUGUAUUCAGGUGUGUGUACACAGAUCUUCAGAGAGGAGUUUGGGCUUCACCAGAGUAAAGUGUACUGCUUUGUUCAUCUGACCAUUCAGGAGCACCUCGCAGCUCUGUAUGUGCACCUGACAUUCAUGAAUGAGAAGAGAAAUGUCUUUAAAAAGACAACAAACUUAUUGAACCUGAAAUUUACAAUCUCAGAUGUACACAAGAGUGCUGUAGAUCAGGCUUUACAGAAUGAAAAUGGACUUCUGGAUCUGUUCCUUCGCUUUCUUCUGGGUCUUUCAUUGAAGUCCAAUCAGAUCCUCUUACAAACCAUAGUGAGUCACAGAACACGUAAGUCCCAAAGUAACCAGAAAACCGUUCAUUACAUCAAGGAGAAGAUCAGAGAGAAUCCCUCAACAGAGAAAUCCAUCAAUCUGUUCCACUGUCUUAAUGAACUAGAAGAUCAUUCUUUAGUUGAGGAAAUCCAAAACUACCUGCAGUCUGGAAAUUUUCAACAAACUGAACUUUCUCCUUCUCAGUGGUCAGCUGUGGUGUUUGUGUUGCUGACAUCAGUGCAGGAACAGGAUGUGUUUGUCCUGAAUAAAUACAUUAACAAACACCAUAAAUCAGAUGAUGUUCUUCUGAAGCUCCUGCCUGUGGUUGCAGCUUCCAGAAAAGCGGAGUUUAAAAAUUGUGAUCUAAAUGAGGAAAGUUGUGCAGCUUUGGUCUCAGUGCUCAGCUCUGAAUCCUCUAAUCUAAGAGAACUGGAUCUGUCUGAGAAUAAACUCGGAGACUCGGGAGUGAAGCGUCUCUCCGCUGUGCUGGAGAAUCCUCACUGUAAACUGGAGACACUGAGGUUGUGUGAUUGUUGUGCAUCAGAAGAAGGCUGUGCUGUUCUGAUUUCAGCUCUGAGAUCAAACCCCUCACACCUGAGAGAACUGGCUCUGUCUGAGAAUAAAGUCAGAGACUCAGGAGUGAAGAGUCUCUCUGAUGUACUAAAGAAUCCUCAUUGUAAACUGGAGACACUGAGGUUGUGUAAUUGUUGUGUCUCAGAUGAAGGCUGUGCUGCUCUGACUUCAGCUCUGAGAUCAAACCCCUCACACCUGAGAGAACUUAAUCUGUCUGAGAAUAACCUUGGAGACUUUGGAAUAAAGAGUCUCACUGCUGUACUUGAGAAUCCUCAUUGUAACCUGGAGACACUGAGGUUGUGUAAUUGUGGUGUCUCAGAUGAAGGCUGUGCUGCACUGAAUUCAGCUCUGACAUCAAACCCUUCACACCUGAGAGAACUGGAUCUAUCUGGGAACAACCUCAGAGAUUCAGGAGUGAAGAGUCUCUCUGCUGUAUUGGAGAAUCCUCAUUGUAAACUGGAGAAACUGAGGUUGUCUUAUUGUCUUGUCACAGCUGAAGGCUGUGCUGCUCUGACUUCCACUCUGAGAUUACAACCCUCACACCUAAGAGAACUGGAUCUGUCAAAGAAUAAUAUUGGAGACUCAGAAGUAAAGAGUCUCUCUGCUGUACUGGAGAAUCCUGACUGUAAACUGGAGACACUGAGGUUGUGUAACUGUAAAAUCACAGAUGAAGGCUGUGCUGCACUGACUUCAGCUCUGAGAUCAAACCCCUCACAUCUGAAAGAACUGGAUCUGUCUGAGAAUAAACUCAGAGACUCAGGAAUAAAAAGUCUCUCUGCUGUACUGGAGAAUCCUCUUUGUGAACUGAAGACACUGAGGUUGUGUAUUUG